GCAGCAGCAGCCAGCACCAUUUACCACCCAAUUCCUUAUCAUUACCUCUCCUUAUCCCUAGGCCAUAAGAUUUCUUGUCUUCUCAAUUUUUUUUUUGGUCUUUUAAAUUUAUUUUUAACCACUACACCAUCACUUACUUAAGUGAUUCUGAGACUGUUCAGUUUCCAGGAUGACAAUCAAACAUCAAGGCCAGCAGUACAGGCCAAGAAUGGCAUUCCUCAGAAAGAUUGAGGACUUGGUGAAGGAGAUGCAGAACCCAGAGACGGGAAUCAGAAUGCAAAGCCAGAGGGUCAUGAUCACUAACAUCCCUCAUGCAAUGACAGGAAAUGAUAUCUUACAAUGGAUUGCCCAGCGGCUUUGGAUUGGCAACAUAGAGGCACAGAACUUGGGAAAUUUCAUUGUCAAGUAUGGCUACAUUUACCCCCUGCAGGACCCCAAGAAUCUUAUCCUCAAACCUGAGAGCAACAGUCUUUACCGAUUUCAGACACCCUAUUUCUGGCCCACUCAGCAGUGGUCAGCUGAAGACACAGACUAUGCCAUCUAUCUAGCCAAGAGAAAUAUCAAGAAGAGAGGAAUUUUAGAAGAAUACGAAAAGGAAAAUUACAGCUUUUUGAACAAAAAGAUUAACCAUAAAUGGGACUUUGUCAUCAUGCAGGCCAAAGAGCAGUACAAAACUGGAAAGGAAAGGAAGAAAGCAGACCGGUAUGCCUUGGAUUGCCAAGAAAAAGCUUAUUGGCUGGUCCACCGAUGCCCUCCGGGAACAGACAACGUCCUUGACUAUGGCCUAAAUCGAGUGACCAAUCCAAAUGAAGAUAAGAAAAUAACAAUUGCCUUGGUCAGAAAAGAGAACAUGUACUACCAACAGGCUUUAAUGAGAUCUACAGUGAAAUCAUCAGUCUCUCUUGGAGGAAUUGUGAAGUACAGUGAACAGUUCUCUUCCAAUGAUCCUAUCAUGUCAGGAUGUCUCCCUAGCAACCCCUGGAUAACUGAUGAUACUCAGUUCUGGGAGCUAAAUGCCAAAUUGGUGGAGAUCCCAACCAAAAUGAGGGUGGAACGUUGGGCUUUUAACUUCAGUGAACUGAUCCGAGAUCCCAAGGGACGACAGAGUUUCCAGUUUUUUCUGAAGAAAGAAUUCAGUGGGGAGAAUCUGGGAUUCUGGGAAGCUUGUGAAGAUUUGAAGUAUGGAGAUCAGUCCAAGGUCAAAGAGAAGGCCCAGGAAAUUUACAAGCUUUUUCUGGCUCCAGGAGCAAGGCGGUGGAUUAAUAUAGAUGGCAAAACCAUGGACAUCACAGUCAAAGGGCUGAAACACCCUCAUCGCUAUGUUCUUGAUGCUGCUCAAACUCACAUCUAUAUGCUCAUGAAAAAGGAUUCUUAUGCUCGAUACUUAAAGUCUCCAAUCUACAAGGAAAUGCUGGCUAAAGCCAUUGAACCUCAGGAGACAUCCAGGAGAAGUAGCAGUCUCCCAUUCAGGAGGCGUCAUCUCCGGUCCAGCCCAAGCCCUGUCAUCCUUCGGCAGCUGGAGGAAGAGGCCAAAGCUCGAGAAGCAGCCAACACGGUGGACAUCACCCAGGUCAUGAGCAAACUGGAUCGGAGGAGCCAACUCAAAAAGGAAAUUCCUCCUAAAUAAACUAAUAGGUCCUGGCAGGGCAGAGGAAGAGGCGGGGGAAAAGGGUCUUCAAAGGGGCAGGGAAACUAAAGAAAGUAACUGAACUGAAAUCCAGGGCACACAUUAUUCCAUUUCCCAUCCUCAGUGGGCUCUCUUCCUUCCCAGGUCCUUCCUCUCCCAUUGGCUGAGGACCACCACUAGUAUCACUAGGGCAACCAAAGCUAAUUUCCCCAUCCUUAUUUCAUAAAGUAGAAGAAGUAGAGGAUGAAAAGCUUGGAAAUGGAGGAGACAUCUGACUCACAAUUACCAUGUAACAGCUUUUGUUAAGUUCUGGAAUGUAGGAAGUAAGAGAACUAGGAUACUUUGAGUGGUAUUUCAAUUAGAGAACCAUAGAAAUGGAAUCAUCCCUUCUUUCAAGCUUAGCUAUCUUAAGAACAUUAGUUAAAAAGUAAAACUGAAAUGUCCCUCACUCCUCCUAUCAUUUCACUUGAUGCUCUGCUAGAAUGAGAUUAUUAAAGUAGUUUAGGGGCAAGGGUGGGGGUAGUUGAGGGGUUCAGCAGUUGCUUUCUUUUUUGUCCCACUCACCCAGGGCUGUCUAACCCCUCCAGGUCUAGAUGAGCCAUUCUUUGUCCACACACUUUUUAAUUCAUUUCAACAAGCUUCUAUUAAAGGUCUACCAUGCACAAGGGAGAGAGGGAGGACGGGGAUAGGCAUUUAUAUUGCACCUGUUAUGUGCCAGGCACAGUGCUAGGUACUUUACAAACAUUAUCUUAUUUGAGCCUCACAACUACCCUGCA